CGGUGGCACAAGGGCACGGGAGCGGUGAGUCUAAAUAUCUUUAAUGAAGACCCUACCCAGGUUCUUCCUAAAGUAACACUAUGCUCUCCAGAUCAAGAGAUUCAUACAUCUUUAUUUAUUGACUGUGGUUCUGACGCAAAUUUACUCAACUCUCUCCUCGUUAGACGUAUGCACCUUAGAACCUUUCAAGUAAGACGCCACCGCAAUGCUUAUGCUGCAGACGGCUGUUUUAUGGGCAAGAUCACUCACCGCACCCAAACACUCACAUGAACAUUUCCUGAUUCUCACUCAGAAUGCAUUAGUUUUUCAUGUUUUUGACGCUAUGAAUUAUGACCUUAUUUUAGAAAACCCUUGGUUAAAAUUACAUAACCCUCACAUUGACUGGUCCUCUGGGCAUGUUAUGUCAUGGGGCAGCAACUGCGCCCAGAACUGUUUCAAGCCUCCAUGUAAUGUUCAGGUUUAUGUUUCCACAGACCCCAUCUGAGGAUCCUGACUUGUCUCAAGUGCCCACCUGUUACCAUGACAUUAAAGAAGUUUUUUCCAAGUCCAAAGCCAAAUCCCUUCCACCCCACAGACCUUAUGCCUGUGCAGUCGACUUGCUGCCUGGAACCACACCUCCACGGGGGAGGUUGUUCUCUCUUUCAGGGCCGGAACACAUGGCCAUGAAGGAGUAUGUGGAAGAAUCACUGCCAGCCGGGAUCAUUCGCCCACCUUCAUCCCUUGUGGGAGCAAGAUUUUUCGUUGUGGACAAGAAGGACAAGACCCUGCGACCCUGUAUCGAUUACCGGGGUCUCAAUGAAAUAAUUGUGAAAAACAGCCCCAGAAUCCACGGUUCCAUCUGCAUUGGAACCUCGGUGAGACGCUGCAGGAGGACCUGGGAGCGAGCCCGCCAAAUGCUGCAACGCCAAGGAUGGUCCUACAAGACCACAGCUGACCGUAGGAGGACACCGGCCCCAAACUACAAAGUUGUUCAGCGAGUUUGGCACUCCACCAAGCAUCUUCCACUCCGGGUGGAGUCCCGGAAGAUCGCUCCCAGGUUCGUUGGGCCCUGAAUGGAAUUUAAUUGAAUUGGAGUCGUGCAUUUUGGGUCCUGUCCUUUGUUCCUUUAAUGACAGUAAGAGGCUAGACUCCUGCGGGUCUGACCCGACCGCCCAGCUACAUUAUAAAUAUGAUGCCAAAAAUUAGGCAUCA